CCCUCUUUGGCGAGCAAGCGCGGGCAGCUGCUUCUUUUGUUCUCAUACUCCUCUCACUAUUGUUGUGGUUGUCUAGCGUCUUAGACACGUUAUUCAUCCUGCGUCGACCAUGACCGACUAUAAAGACCCGUAUACCGACCCGGAAAAGAGCAACUAUGACGACAACGGUAUCCUUCCGACUACGUCUGUUCAGCAUGGCACACACCGACGUGUCUCUAUCACAGAUGCUGUAUUUGGAGAAAUCAGCGAAGACGGCCCUAACUACCGCGCCGUCGGUUGGAAAGGUACAGCUGUGCUCAUGCUGAAAACACAAAUUGGACUUGGUGUUCUUUCUAUUCCAGCGGUCUUCCACAGCCUUGGGUUGAUUCCUGGUGUGAUCAUCAUCCUAAUCAUCGCGGUCAUGACCAGCUGGUCGAAUUACAUCGUCGGUGUGUUUAAAUUGGCACAUCCUGAUGUCUACGGUAUCGACGACGUCGGUCGGAAGCUUUUUGGUCGCAUUGGUUACGAAAUCUUCGGCGUAACCUUUGCGUUGUACUGGAUUUUCGUUGCUGGAUCUGGAAUGUUGGGCAUAUCCACUGCGCUGAACGCUCUCUCAUCUCACGGCGCUUGCACUGCUAUCUUCGUCGCUGUCGCCGCCAUCGCUGGUUUCGGUUUGGGUAGCAUCCAGACACUUGGCAAAAUAUCAUGGCUCGCGUGGAUCGGGGUGGUAAGCAUCCUUAGCUCAAUCUUGAUCCUGACGGUGGCUGUUGGAUUACAAGAUCGUCCCGCAGACGCACCCGUCACUGCCGGUCCUUGGAAAUCUGAUUACGAGUUGUUUGGCUCUCCCACGGCUGCGGAUGCAUUCGCCUCGAUCUCUUCCAUCGUCUUCGCAUACGCAGGAACUCCAGCAUUUUUCAAUAUCGUUUCAGAGAUGCGCGAGCCGCGCCAUUACACCAGAGCCCUGAUCAUCUGCCAGAGCACAAUGACAGCAGUCUACAUAGCUAUUGGUUGUGUAGUCUACUACUUCUGCGGUUCUUUCGUAUCCUCUCCAGCUCUAGGUUCUGCGGGCCAUACGAUGAAGAAGAUCUGCUAUGGUAUUGCUCUUCCCGGCUUACUCGUCAGCACAACAUUGUUCGUGCAUUUUGCGGCCAAAUACUUCUUCAUGCGUAUCCUACGGGGAUCUCAGCAUUUGACACGAAACACUCCAACUCACUGGAUGACCUGGAUUGGUUGCACUGCUGGUAACGCUAUUGUCGCGUAUAUCAUCGCUAGUGCCAUCCCCGUUUUCGGCGGACUCGUGUCUCUUGUUGGUGCUCUCCUUGGCACUGUCAUGUGCAUCCAACCCAUGGGUUGCAUGUGGCUCUAUGAUCAUUGGCGUGAUGCCAGAACAGGCAAGUGGAUGUUCAUGGUGGGCUGGUGCGCGUUUAUGAUCAUCGGUGGUUGGUUUUUGACCAUAGCCGGUACAUACGGAUCUGUUGUUGGCAUUAUCAAUAGCUACAAUGCUUCUGGUGGAUCUUCCGCCUGGUCUUGUGCUGACAACUCGAAUUCAUCAUAAGAUUGAUGGGCGAUGAAGAAAAUGACGCAUCUAUCUUUAGCAUGUACAUGUCAUUCGUUAUUUCGCUAGGGGAGGUUGAAGAACAACAAUACUGAUGGAUCUGAGCACACGCAUUAUACCGCUACUGCCACUCGAAGGGAAGAGCAGAAACCGUAUACAAGUCAACCUAGAUCACAAUAUCAAAAUUCCCCGCCCAAGCUUGAUGACGCAUCCACGCCCAAGGUUGGAUGUGUGGGUUACGAUCGUUUUUUAAGUCUAUUGUGCUACCUGAGGACCAACAUAAGAGACUCAAUGUGCAUAGAUUGAGAACAUAUUACCUUAUUUUGACAUGGCCUACAGAAAUCGUGAUUUGACGAC